AUGCAGUCUCAGGCAGCGGGAAGCGAAGAGGGCUGGUCGGUCUACGAAUCGAAGAGGACCAGGAAGAUGCGCGAUCGCAUUCGCAAGGAACACCCCUUCGACUCGAUCGACAAGCCAAUCAUCAGGACUGACCGCGACGAGUUUCGCCCGCCACUGCAACUCAUAAACCAUCACGAGGACAUUCAGUACAUCAGGAGCGCAUUGAAGUUCCUCGGUCCCUUCGACUGCGCGACAUUCAGCCAGUACUGCAAUCCCGUGCAGAUUUCAAGUCUCAAGUGCAGACCGCAACGCAUCAGAGAAAUCGAAGUGCGAUACUUUGCACUUACUCGACGUGGCUUGGUGGCAAAGGUACCGCUAUACUUGCAGGAGAGUGCCGGAAAUCACGGACACCCAAAAGAACGCGCGGAGCUACUUGUGCUGGAUGGCGACUCACUAAGACCAUUCGCUGACUGGCUUGGAGACCUGCCAGCACCUCUCGGACCGCCACUACUCGGCAAAGAUGGUUAUCACUCGAUGCAUAUGUGGCAUCGCGAGCGCCGAAAGUUCACAAGCACGAAGCUGCCAUGCUUUGCUGAUAUGUCUACUGAAAUCAAGGAGAAUAUCCUCCUUCAUAUGGUUGGCGAAGUCUGUACCUUGGACUUCAAGUACUGUUGGGAAGAACCGGUGGGGCCCCUAUUGCCGGACUUCGACACUCCUCUCUACGGCUACGAGCUCGACCGGAACAUUCUCACCCUCAACAAAGAGAUCCACCAGCUAGUGCAGCCGAUCAUUAGAAGAGGGACUAUCAAGAGUUUGCGUUACUACUACGUGAUCACGGAGGCCCUCAACCCAGCACAUACCUUUGUGAACGAUCUCACCCGCCUCCAACUUACAUUCAGCGAUACGGAGUACAUAUGUUUCUUCCAUUUGAUCUUGCCGGGCCUGCGACAUCUCGUAGACCACGGAGACAAUCACGCGACUGCUUUGUCGCAGUUACCACAGCUGAAGUAUUUGGAGCUCUGGUUUGAUGCUCCACUUGAUCCGGAAGAAUCUAAUGUCUGGUAUUUGCAGUGGGAGACAGAAGCGUCGCCUGACAUCGACAAAUAUGCCCAAGUUCAUCGGUUUCCCUGUCGUAAGACCAUGAUCGAUUGGAUCCUCACCGCAGCCUUCCCGUACAUUCAACACAUUCCGACCGUGAAUGUCACUGGAUACGUGAAGACCGUGACUAGGACCAAAUGGCUCGAGAUCUUUCGCAAUAAGAGAGCGCGCGAGAGCCAGCUUGCUCAAGUCCAGGAAAAGCUCAAAGAGUUAGAGACACUCAACAGAGAGCAGGUUCCACCACCCUGCUUGUGCCCGACGUCGUGCUACUAUGAUCCUGACUGGCGCGCUUCUGCGCCGGGAACGGACGAGAACUAUCGCUUCGACUUUGAUGACGAAGGAUUCGAGGAUAGCUCUCUCGCAGUCGACCGUCGCCACUCCGAUAGAACUACUCAGGUCUGA